CACACACACACACACACACACACACACACACAGUGGGGGCAAAGAGGCCUCUAGGUCUCAGGACGAGGGACAGAUGGGGGCCUCAUGCAGCCCUGACCUUGGGCUUGAUGCCCAGGCAGGGAAAGAGUUGGAGCGGUGCCAGCGGCAGGCAGACGAGGUCACGGAAAUCAUGCUCAACAACUACAACAAGGUCCUGGAGCGCCAUGGGAAUCUGGAGGAGCUGGACCAGCGUGCACACCAACUCCUGGGCAAGGCCGAAAACUUCAACAAGACAACUGAGGCCCUGGCCAAGAAGAAGCGAUGUGAGAACACCCGUUACUUGGCGCUGGCGGUAGGCGUUCUUCUGCUCAUCAUCCUGAUUGUGCUGCUGAUCAUCUUUCUCCCACACACACACAAGGGCAGCAGUGCCCCACAGGCCCAGGACACAGGCAUUACCCCAGGGGACUGACCCAGCUGGGCCUGGAGGAGAGGCCGGAUGACCGCACUGGCUGGUUCUGGUCUCCAGACAACCCCGGCGUUUGCUCCCGUCUGAGCCACCCCAGUGAGUGCCGAAGGGCAGCCCCAAUGUGUCCACCUUUGCAUCUCCUAUCAUGCCACAAACUGGCCUUUGAGGGCAGCCUGCUGCACUGGCCAUGCCAGGCCAGCCCCACAUGGAGCUCAGUAAAAGCUGCUGUUUCGUUAAAA